AAUGAGGGUUUUCUUGCAAAAACAAGAAAAAGGUGAAAAUUUCAGGAUAGAACAGGGCCUUCACUUCUCUUCUGUUUCCUGCACAAUUUAGCGCGAACUGCGAUCCGCGAAGACUCCGAUGAAUUCUCUCAGCUCGAGACUGAAUAGCGAGCAAGCUCCGGAAACCCAACACCAAAACCGCAUGUCCAUGCAAGAUCCCUCCUCCUCUUCGUCGCCAUCGAAGGGAACGAAACGGCGACGGGACGAAGAGGAUGCGGCGGCGGCGGCGGCGGCGGCGGCGGCGGCGGCGGCAGCUGAUGACGCUGAAACUGCCGCCGCAUCUGAAUCUCUAGAGCAGAGUCUCACUUUCAGCGACACGCUAGUGGCGCUCCGCAUGAUGCGAGCUCAAUUCCCUCGCAUCGAUAAGGUCUCGAUUCGGCCUUUUGUUCUGCGGUCGCAGUUGUAUAGCAGCGUACUGGACAGAACUCAGGUGGAUAGAGAGUUAGAGUCUCUGAGAAGAACAAACGUUUUGCGCAUAUUCAAACUGAAUACUGGACAAGAUGAUCAUGCCAUAAUGUUCUUAGAUGAUUACUUAAAUCAGAUAGAAAGGGUUGUGAAAAGAAUGGAGGAAAAGAAUGGACAUGAUCUUGAAGUUUUUGAGUGGUUCAAGAUACAUGUACUUGACACGAGGCUGGAACCAAACAUUUCACACCUAGACCUUUGUUCGCUUCUGUCGCUUGGAGGGAAGGUGAAAGACAAUCACAUCUCUGUUCUCAUUAAUGGAGGAGUUAUUAUUCGCCAACUUAUUGAUCCAAGCAUGUACUGGUUUGCAAUUCCAAAUGUGGGUUCAAUACUUAAAGGGCUCUCCCAGGGGAGGAAGGAACUCCUUUCUCUGUUAAGCCGUAGGAGGUACAAAGAAAUGAUGUUGGCACCUUUGGAGAAAAAGAGACUCCGAGCGUCUCCCCUUGAUAUGAGAUUUCAUCUUCGUGAUCUGAUUGGUUCAGGUCACCUGAAAACGGUUAAGACACCGAGUGGCUUAGUUGUCCGGAUUUCAAAGGAAUGGGAUCUGUAGCAGCAUGUUAUCUGCUUUUGUACCAUCUGGCAAACCUUCACACUUCACGCUCGGUGGUUGUAGGAUUUGGAAAGAGGUUUGGUUUCUCAAACUCUUGUUGUUGAUCUUAUAUGACUAAAUAAAAGUUGCUCUAAUAAUUGUUCUUUCUGCUUAUGACUGGAUUAAAGGAAGUCUUGAGGUCCACUGAUCUGACAAAAGACCAAAGAUUCAGGGAGUUGCAUGUCCCAGCAAAAUGGCUGUGACAAUGUAGGUGUAUCCUCUUGUAGGUGUUGUGCUACAUUUUCUUUUUUCCCCCACAGUUGUAGCAUUAGUUUAUUGAAAUUUUAUUGUAGCGAUUGAGGAAUUUUAUGGAACUGUUGGCAUGUUGUUGCAAGUAUAAGUUAUAUACUUCUUUUUGGUUAAAAAAGAAGAAGUUAAUAUGCCCGUUCUCUUUGCUUGAUGUGCCUCUAUGUAUACCUGUGUUGUGUUA